AUGGUUGGACUAUCAGCAACACAAGGCUCUGCAGCUGGUGCCACUCGCCCUCCGACGAGCGUCUCCCGGAACGGUCGCAACAAGAAGCGCGCUCUCCUCCGCACCCUCUCGCUCCUUUCGGUGUUGAUCCUCGCCGCAGCACCUGCCGCCGUCGUCGCUGCUGCAUCCUGUCGGGACGGCACUGUCAUUUCCGAUCCUUCAUCGUCUUCUUCUCCCUUCAACCCAGCAGAAUCGCUCACCGAGACGCUCCUACUCAAACCUUUGCCUGACGGCCGCAUACUUUCAUCUUUCACCUUCGCGCUCUGCUCAGCUUCUUCAUCACCUUCCAACUUCCGACUACUUCCUCGCACAUUGCUGCAGCCGAUACAGAACUUUGGUGUUUCCGAAGUCCACCUCUCAUUGAACUCGGGGAGGUGGAGAUACAGCUCGUGGGGCUCACCCGUCACAACCCUCAAGAACAGGAACAGCUAUGACCUUCAGUCUCAGCAGCCGGGAUCGUCGAGGGGCGGAGAGAAGCGGGUCAAGGUGGGUGAGGAGAGUGUAGGGCCCGGUGCAGAGUUAUGGGCGAUUUUCGACGAGGGAGUCAAGGACGAAGAGGUGCGGAAAGGCUGGAAAGGUCUGACAAGCGCGCUUGCCGGCCUGUUCUGUGCCUCCUUAGACGCCAUCGACGAGCGACAGACAGUUCAGCCUCACUACGCCUACUCCUCUCAGAAUGCUGCAGCUAGCAACAAGACCUCCCAGACCAUACAUGCCCUGGUCCCGACCGAAAACGUGUGCACCGAGAACCUCACACCUUUCCUCAAACUACUUCCUUGCAAAGGUGCCGCUGGUCUCGCCACGCUACUCAAUCCGCUAUCACUCUUCAGUGCUGACUUUCAUGGCCUCGCUGUGCAUGUUGAGCGCCAACCUCCCGCACCUACGACCACAAAUAUUCAGAAUGAUAGCACACAGCAGGGCUGGAAAGUCGCUUUGACAUUCACUGCGGUCUUCUCGCCUGCAGUGACGAGGGACAUCAGCGUCCGCGACUGGUCUCUUUCCUCGUUGUUCGGUCGCAAGCUCGAGUCGACUUGCCCCUUAUCUGAUGAAUCGGUGAUCAGAGUCCUCAAGCCCUCCGGAACAGGGUAUGUGGUGGAGCCCUUGCCGUCGUUUCCAGCUUGCUUUGUGCCGGGUGCCAAGGACUGUGGCGGAGCCAAGGGAAAGGCGGCAUACCUCCCUGUCCUAGGAGAGGAGGAUGAGGUCACCGACGAGCUUGCAUCCGCCGGCCUACUUGCAUACGAAACUGAGCAGGAGCAGCAGGAGUACGACGAAAGGCUCAAGCAGCGAUGGGCACACUAUUUGGAGAACGAAGAUGGAGAGUAUCUCUAUGACCUCUCUUCCCGUCCAGGGAAAGCAGUGGACAUCAGUAUGCGAUGGCCAAACGAAACGCGCUUUGCUUAUCCCGCUUCUACGCCACUCAGUAGUGAGACAGGCCAAGUAGUGGGUGUCGAGCGCGCACUUGUCGGGGCUGGCCAGCAGAGGGCGACUCUCCAGGUCGUCUUGACCAACUCCAAUCCACGCCUCGCUCAGCGAGUACUGUGGUACGAGACGCUCGGCUACUUUGUCAGACCAUAUCUCCACACCCUCAAGCAUGAGACGCAGUUCCUUGAAUCCACCUCCAACACGACAGAGGAUGCCGAGCUUCUACGUUCAGUCGCUGAUUUGGAGUCUCCCAUCGAGGAGCUCACGUACCAGCCCGCCACAGGCAAGAGAGGAGAAAGGAAGCCAUUCGUUCUGGAAGGCGUGAUCCGCAUGCCAGCUCAGAGUAAAGUGGUGCUGAGGAUGGAGUUAAGGAAGCAAUUCGUCCCUUAUUCGCAGCAUCCACCAGAUGCACACAGAGGCUUCGAUCUCAAUUCUGCCAUCGUCUUCCCUCUGGCGCCAGUGGAUCCAAGAGAAGCGAUCCUCCUUGCACAGCAUAGGCAAGCUUCUGGUUCGUCCAAACGCAUCGUUGUCAAUCCACCAAGGACCAACUCAUGGCUCGAUGCGAUCAAGAACUACAUCGCUGGCGAAGCACAGAUCAAACAACGAGAGACAGAGCAAGCACCACCACCACCACCACCACCACCACCACCACCAGCAGCAGCAGCGUUGCGAAAUGCAAAAGCUAAAGCAAGAGCAAUUUCCAAAUCCCAAUCGCGCAUCUAUACCUUGCCACGUCUUGUCGAGUUGGCUACCCCAGACUUCUCUUUCGUCUACACCAACAUCAUCUUCACCAGCACCAUCAUCGCGCUCUUCUUCGGUUCGACACUCAACACGCUUCUCCGCACUUUCACCGAUUUUGUUAUGUGA